UGCACUGAAACUCGGCCGCAAUGUGGCGCUGCGGUUCCCCGAGCCCGGCGCCAUGCUUGUGGUUGUGCCGCAGCAGCCGACGCAUGCUUGCAGCUGUGUUCCGUAAGUGUUGUGUGGUGUUCCCUAGCAUUUAGGUUUCUCGUGUGUUGCAUGUGGCGUUGGUUGUUUGCAAUACUGCUGCGUUGGAAGCUUCCUCUACGGAUACACGCUGUAAAGACUUGGAAAAGUGCCCACACCGGAGCACGUUGUUGCGCGACAAAAAGCUGCUGUGUACGUCUCAUUCGGCGCGACUGCAGUGUAACAUGCAACUCAGCGACUACGCAAAGUCGCUGCCUGACCCCGAGCGCAGCAGAUACAUCAUCAAAAUCGCGAAAUGCGGCGGAGAUGACCCGUUGGCGCUGUCCGAUGACCACUUUACGAACGAUGUUGCUUUUUAUCCAAGUGUCGACCGUGCGGACAUCAGAGACUAUCUAGUCCACGGGACGAGCUUCGUGACGCGGGAUCAGCUAAAGAGCUAUAAAUCCCUGGAGGCUCAUAAUUACGUCACCAGUGGUCUCGUGGAGCCACCAAGAGUGAAAGUUCGUGAUGGCAACGUCGUCGUCGUUGGAAAGGUCCGCCACUCUCAGGCGUUCAGAGAUAAGCUGCUGCUGCCGUGGCUGUUGAUUAAAGCUGACGGGGAAGUUUUGUGCGCGCACUGUACGUGCAUGGCCGGCCUCGGGGAGGCGUGCUCACACGUUGGUGCAGUGCUCUUUUAUUUGGAGGCUGUUGUGACACGCCGGGAUGGUCAAUCAUGCACAGAUGGGCAAAAUGCAUGGCUACCGCCUCAUCUCGUCAGUCUGGAAUGCCGACCGGUGGCAGAGAUGGACUUCGCGUCUUCCGCAAUGAAAAAACGCCGCCUGGACGACACUGAGGCUGCCCCCCGCGACCCACCAAGUGUUGAAAUGCCCAAGCCGAGAGAGGACGAGAUGUUAAAGUUUUUCUCGUCAUUGAGUAAAUCUGAGGGUAGGCCAGCACUUCUCUCGCUUGCCCAAAAAUUUGCUGACCCCUACAUUCCCUUGGGCUUGAAGUACCCUAAGCUCCUCCUCCGCAAUCUGCAAAGGAAGCAGUGCCCAAUUUCCUUGGAGGAUGUACAGGCAGAAUGCCGUAAUGUCUUGCAGGACCUCUCAAUUGAGCCUGAUGUAAGUUUCUUCGUCUCUUUGUAGCUUGCUUACAGCCAUACCUUGCCAAAAAAACUAAUUGUGCAGGUUGUUGUUGUAAUGUGCCGUGCAUCCAUGUGUCAGCAUCUGUUCACAAUUAUAAUUUAUGCUAAACCUGCACAUGCUGCCUGGGCACUUUUCAAAUGUAUGCAAUAUUGUCAUGAAUCUACAACAUCCUUAAAGCAUUACAGCAAAACUAAAAAACAA